AUGGAAGGUUUCACCCACGAUGGUUGGCGUGGUACAAACACAGGGCUUUUUGCUGGUGUAAGUGCGAGUCAUAGACCACAAUUAGAUGGAGAUCCUCUUGGUUUGAAUCAUCCCGAAAGUAUAAAUUGGUUACAUUAUGUGUUUGACUUGAAAGGUCCAGUCAUCAGCGUGGACACUGCAUGUGCAGCCGCUGCUUCAGCUUUCGAUGUUGCAGCGAGAAGUUUAUUGAUUGGUGAUUGCGAUCAAGCGAUUGUUCUUGCUCAUAAUCAUUGUGUUAUUCCAUCUAUUUCUCUUUGUUUCAGAUCAUUUGGAAUGAUCGGUAUUGAUGGUAAGUCCAAAUGUUUAGAUGCUAAUGCUAAUGGUUAUCUCAGAUCUGAAAGUAUUGUUGCGAUUUUAAUUCAACGUAAAUCUGAUGCCAAGAGAGUUUACGGCUCUUUAAUAAAUAUCGUUGUGAAUAAUGAUGGAUUCACCAAAGAAGGAAUUACUUUUCCACGACUUGAAGGUCAGAUAGAUGUUCUUAGACGAUUAUUUAAAGAUGUGCAUUUAGAUCCAGUGGAAAUCGAUUAUGUUGAAGCGCAUGUAACGGGAACUGCAGCUGGAGAUCCAAUUGAAUGUAAGGCAUUGAUGGAAACAAUGAGACCUGAUUCAGAUAAACCUCUUCUUGUUGGUUGCCUCAAAUCAAAUAUUGGUCAUUCUGAAGGUUCUUCCGUCUUAAAUGCGAUCUCAAAAGUUGUUAAGAUUUUCCAAACUGGUGUAAUUCCUGCUAAUUUACAUUUCAACGAACCAAAUCCAAAUAUCGAUGGACUGAUUAAAGGUGUUAUUAGACCAAUUCUUGAAAAUAAAAGAUUCGAUGGAGAUCAUAUUAUGGUAAAUGCAUUUGGGUUUGGUGGUGUCAAUACUACCUUCAUUUUGCAAGCAAAUUCUCAAAGAAUCACAAAGACUGAUCUAAUUUUAAGUUCCAAUAAAGUACCACGUUUAGUCAAUUUUUGCAAUCGAACUUAUGAAGGCUUGGAUACUAUCGUUAAUUUUAUUGAGGAGCAAAAAGGAUCAUUAACAAAAUACACGUUGGCACUUUUGGAUAACAUGAGUAAGAUCAAACCAUCAACAGGGUUUGAUCAUCGUGGAUAUUUAUUGUUGGAUGAUGAACAAACAAUCAUUCAUCAAACAUUAAAACAAAAUGUAUCAACUGAUGAAGUGUUUCCUUGGUUGAUAUUCACUCCAAUGUUUAAUGUCUCAUUACAAUCAUUUGUUCAACUGUUGGAAGUUCCUCUAAUUUAUUCAAGAAUAAGAUCUAUGCAAACUGAUCGUUUGAGAUCAUUAGGAAUCGAUGUUAUCAAGAUUAUUGAAUCUAAUCAACAGGAUUUAAUUUCCUUCUUAAUUUCGUCAAUUGCGAUUCAAAUUUCUCUUUGUGACCUACUAACUAAGCAUUUGAAAAUUAAACCGAAAGGUAUAAUUGGUCAUUCGAUUGGUUCAAUUGCUGCUUCUUAUGCCGUUGGAUGUAUAACUGAUGAAGAUGCUCUGUUAAUCGGUUAUCAUAUUGGUGUCGCUUGUAAACAAUUCAAAGGAAAAGGAGCAAUGGCUUAUGUUAAUUUACCAUGGAGACAAAUCGAAGAGAUGGGUUUUGGUUGUAUCGAAUUAGCUUCACGCGAGUCGGAAGAUUGGACAUUGAUCACUGGUAUUGAAGAUGCAGUUAAAAAGUUCAUCGCAAAAAUCGGGGCAAAUAUCAAAACAAAUCUUAUUGAUACAAAAGGGAUUCCAUUUAACUCCUCUCUGAUUAGUGAAAUAUCAAAACCACUUGAACUUGAAAUCAACAAAUUUCUCAGACCAUUGAAAACAAAUUCAGGGUUAAAGACUAGUUUUUGUAAAAACUUUAUCAAUUCUGACCAAGAGCAUAUCAUUGAUGGACAUUUUUUCGUUUCCUGUAUCACAGAAUCAUGCAAUUUUAAUGAAAUAAUAGAAGAGAUUGAUUCGAACUCUGUGUUACUAGAGAUUGGUUUAAAUAUUGAGACGAGACAAUCAUCAAUCUUCUUAAUAAGUGAUCAAGAGAUUUUGAAAAAUAUUAGCAACUAUAACCAAUCGACUUUGCAUCUUUAUAAAAUUAUUGGUCAAAUUUAUCUUCAUGGUCUUCAUCCAGUGAUUGUCAAUCUUUAUGAUCAAAUUGAAUAUCCAGUCCCAAGAGAAACGCAUUCUGUUGGUCAUCUGAUUAAAUGGAAGCAUGAAAAGAAAUGGUUUGAUGCUAAAUAUGACAAGUAUUCUAAUCAAAGAACUGUAUUUUCCAAAAUAGUUGAUCUUCACGACCCUUUAUGGUUAUUUCUUACUGGUCAUCAGAUAGAUGGAAGAAUUUUGUUUCCAGCAACAGGUUAUCUAUAUGUUGCUUGGCAAAUGGUCUGUAGGAUGUUUGAUCUCGAACCUGAAGAAAAUCCAAUUGAAUUCUAUCAAGUUCAAAUUCUUCGAGCAACACAAUUCACAUCAACUGCAAGUCAGAUGAAAUUUGUUACCAAAAUUAACGAAGAUCUUGAAACUUUCCUCAUCUACGUAAAUGAGAGUAAAAAUUUUUGUAUAACUGGAAAAUAUCGAUUUGUUGAUAAACCAACAGUAAACUUGCUACCUGUUGAUUUUAAGAAUAUCAAAGAAAACACAGAGAUUAUACUUCAAAAGAAGGAUAUUUACAAGGAACUUAGAAUUCGUGGUUACGAUUAUUCAGGAUCAUUCCAAGGUGUAGAAGAAGCUUCUUCUAAUGGAAGUUGGGGUAUGGUCAAAGACACUGGACAUUGGAUUAGCUUUUCUGAUGCCUGUUUACAUGUUUCGUUAUUGGCUUCGAAAUCCCGUAAGCUGAUUGUUCCUGUUUACAUUGAUUAUGUUUACAUGUUUCCACCAGAAACAUUAAGUGCCUUUAGCGAUGAAACUGUCAGAUCAGAUUCUGAUUCAACUAAAAAGCUUAGUGUUUAUUUCAAUCAAGAAACGCGGAUGGGAAUCACAAACGGGUUCAUUCUUAAAGGAUUAGAAGGCGAAGAGAUCAGAAGAAAGAUUAACACAGCGAAUCACCAAAUACGAAGCCAUGAUCUAAUCCCAUUUAAUUCGUAUCAUAAUUUUAGCAAUGAAAAAGCAAUGAGACAACAAGAGUACAGUUUUCAAUGCAUGAAACUGAUUGAAAACAUCGGGAGAUUGAAAUCAAAACAACUUGAUCCAAUAGAGAUAAAUGAAAGUGAUAGUUCUGAUGAAGCUUUCAGACAAAUUUUGCACGAGAUUUUUGAGUUGGAGAUAAAACAAUGCAAAAGUCCAAUGGAUGGUGUAGAUUCAAUUCCAAGUUUAAAUAAUGUUCUCAACCAAUAUCAUAAUGCUCUGUGUCGAGAUUUUUUCUUUUAUGAGCCAGAAAAAUGUUUACUUGAACAAAUUCUGAGCAUUGCUAGAUACAACUUACUCAAGAAAAAAAUCUCCCUUGCAUUUUGUAAUUUCAGUCAAAAUCUAUUAAUAUUUGCAAACGAGAUUGAAAAUAUUUUCAAUGAUUAUGGAUUCACUACGAUGAAUAAUUUUAUAAAGAGUGAUUCUAAUUUGGUUUAUAUUCAGAAUCAAAAAACCGAAAAUAGUUCAGAAUCAAAACUAUACGAUUUUGUUUUUAUUCGUGACAAGUCUACUCUUCUCAUGUACAAAGAUACUGAGCCUGAAGUCAAAUGCAAUCAAUUCGAUCCAUUGUUGAAGAAUCUAUUUGAUCCACUGAAAGAAGGUGGAUUUUGUCAAAUUAUGACGAGAACUAAAUUAAGACCAGUCGAACAAGAAUGGCAACAAUUGAUUGGAAAUAAUCAACAGAUCAACUUUGAUUUAUCAACACAAAAGUAA